AUGACCUUGACAAACGACGACGUCUCGAACAAGGUUCGGGCCCUGCCCGAUCUACGAUCCCAACCCCCUCACCUGGCGGACGCACAGAUCUCACGGCUGUGGCAUGGGCCAAGAAGCACCGAGAAGCAGACGACUAAGAGUUGCCGCGGACUGGAUGUUGUCCUGAUCGUUCUGAGGCACCUUUUCAGUAUUGUGCCGGAGAGUCGUAACGUCAAUACUGCGGACAACCCGAUCCUCGAGCUGGCAUGGAAGGAUAUUGAAGACGAACGAUAUAAAUCUCAGUCUGCCGAACUGAAAUCAGAAGUUGUUGAGACUAUUGCAGCCCGUAUCGGCGUUCAAGACCCAAGUUUUGCGGAUAUAUGCGAGUCGCACUUUUUGCAGGACACUCUCUGGAGCUUGCAGAACUACCUGCUCUGUGGCCCUCCCGAGUUCAGAACAGACUCGGGACGCUGGGCUCCUGAAGAGGUUCCAAACGCACAUUUCCUUGCUUCGCGCAGUCUAGUCACCUGGUCCGGCAAGGAAGAUCUGGUUGACUGCUUGGCGAAGAUCUGGCGGAAUUAUUUAUUCAGAGAUGGAACUGUACAUCACCUAACAGCAGAAAAGUACGCGCCAUCCAUCAUCCGUGCUCUAUACCAUCCUCGCGGCGAUUUCCCACGUCAAGAAAAAGACUUGAUAAACUUCGACUGGCCCAAUUUCCAGCACUAUACGCUGGUCGCUGCGGUCUGGCUUCGUGGAACGCAUGACGAUGCAACUUCACAUCUGGACUUUGUGCGGCUUUACUCGGCUCUACAAGCCGAUGUCCUCCCGCAAUUGUCGAGCAAGUAUCGUGCAACCACUCCGGAGGACUUGGGACAGCCGGGCCGUUCUUACAUGCUCUUCUACGGGGCUCGCGCUGCAUCGGCCUUCCCAAAGUCCUAUGCUCGGUGCCUACUUGAUCAAAAAGAUCGCAUGAUCAAGCAGGCGCUCGAGAAUCACCCUCUUGUGCUCAGCACGGCGCAUUGGGAUGCACCGGCUCAAGGCUCGAAUAUUCCCGCCGUUCACCUCGUCGGCCACUUGGACAGCAACCUGCGCCCGUUUGCCGAAACCGGGACCUCGAUUCAGAUGGCGGCUCUGCAACAGGCACAAGAUGCCACGGCCCAGACGCCGGCUUUGCAAGAGGCGCAGGGUAGCACGGCCCAGACGCCGGCUCUGCAACCGACGGGUCGCACGGCACAUAUCCUCAAUCCUCAAGCAGGGCUAGGUAUAACCACUCCGGUUGACAUGUCCGGGAAUGAUUGGGACUUUACGAGUCCCCCAUUCAUUCCAAAUUAUGCCUCCAACAUGCCAAAACACCAUACGCAGCAUUCAGACCACGCCUACCGUGGCGGCUGGAGGCUGGGCGGAACGGGUCGAGAGCGAGGCAACAGAAAUGACCCUCACCCCUUAUCGAACCCGAACCUGAUGCCGGUCGCGGCAAGAGGCGGUUCAGGCCACUAUUUAGGGUCACAUAGACAUUCCUUUGGUCAUGGUCGUGCCAAUAAUGGCAAUGAGAAUGAUCCCAUGCAUCAAACCAGCCGCCAUCAUGGCACCUUUUCCCCAUUUGAUGGUCCGUAUAAUGACGGCAGAAACGGCAGUGGGUCUGGUCAGGGCAAUAGCUCUGGGCGUGGACGGGGCGGAGGACUGCAAUUUCGCUAUUUCGGAGGUCGAGAACCUCCAAGACGUUAG